CAAGUACCAGAACGCUUACUAGUCGAAGGCGAACCUUGAUAAAUAAAAUCGAUCGCUGGAGACAAGAGAAACAACCGGAGCCCCUUCUCGGUGGCGUUGAGAUAGAAAAAAAAGAUACAAAGUAUAGAAGAGAAGAAAAUAAUCUAGAACUUGACUCCAUUACUCACUAAUUUUCCGCCCAACUUUUAUCGCUGUAUUUUUACUGGCAGUUCCCGUCCCAUUCUUCUUCCUGUUCUUUUUUUUUGCCCCAUCUUGUUUAACAUCUCAUCUUUAUCAAUAUAAUUUUCCCCCAUUUCUAGCUCCCUAAUAUCCCUUAACUUUGCCGCGUCUGUACUGUUAGCUAGAGAAAAGCACCAUUAUUUGUCGGUUCCGCUCUCCACCGCUUCCACCCACUCUCCAAAUUCAAAACGCCUCCACGCUCUACUAAGAGACACAGUCAAUUACAUCACUCUUAUCAACUCUCUAACACUCCUAGUCUACACAAUAUUUAAAUCCGCAGAAGAUCUCCCUUAUACGACAGCGGGUCUUUUUUUUCUGUUUUUGUUUCGUGGUGCGGGCUAGUAGAUCUCAUCGUUUCCAUGUCCGUAAUCGCGCACUAGUUUACUCAGAGCACGGAAUACGUUGCUAUUUUCUGGGCUAUUUUCUGCGGGUUUUUUUGUUUCAUCCAGACGCUGCGCAUUUAUUUUUCUCGACACAAGUCGCGCAUUAUCGCGGAAAAGCCGAUCUACGUAUUUGACGUCCAUCUGCUCCCAAGGUUCCAGAUUACCCUAACUACCCGUUGCGCCGGAGACUCGUCAACGUCAAGCCUACCCUGCGAUAUCAACCGUCGACCAGCUCAAAACUCCAGCAGUGACACAACAGAAAGCUUCUACAGUGCAGGCUACCUGUCGCGUACCACGCCAUUGGCAAGGUUUUUGAUUCUCGAAGCCAUGGCCGCCGUGCUACCCGUGAUGCCAGAGAGAGGCUCACUUUCGCCGUCAGACCCUCAUCGGCGAAAGCGCAACAAGCCAUCUAUCCCAGAAUCUCAAAGCUCCUACUUGAAAUCUCCCCAACCCGAAUGCUAUUCCGUUCGUAGUAGUUCAGUAUCCUCCACAUCAUCAUCGAGACAGCCUUCUCCCAUCUUCUCCUCGAUUUUUGUACAUACCAGCCCUCCUGCAGUCACACUGCCGCCGACGCCAGAAGAACCCGAGGAUGACGACAUAUUAUUCCCUUCUUUCGAUACCGCAUCCUACGAUGAAGAGGAAGAGAAUACACCGCUCGACUCACCCAGCCCUCCCUCGAUGGAACAAUCGAGAAGUGAUUUCACGAUGCCUCGGAUAGUGGGUGAUGAUGCUUCGAUAGAGCAUGAGCCUACAAGACACGUCGACUACCUCUCGCACGAUUGGCAAGAAGAAGAUAUCUGGAGUUCUUGGAGGUAUAUUGCUUCCAGGAGGGAUGCAUAUAACAAUGGAGUGAGGUUAGAGAAUGCGGCCUGGCGGACGUGGGCAAAAGCGAAGCAUCGACUUGGAACCGUCACUCCGGAGUCACUUAACUGGCUCAAGGAUUGCGAUGUUACCUGGCUCUAUGGCCCCUUACAGACCGCCUCCAAACUUUCCCAUCCUACUUCAUCUCCCCCUCCUACCCGGCUCUCCCCACCCAGCCCCUUCCUUAACAAAAAGCCGAUCCUCAAAAAGAGAACAGCCUCUCAAACCAUCCUUCAACGCUUCAUUUCUACACGCACUCUCCUCAGCCAUGCUGGUGCUAUAUUACAAGCCCGCGAAGCGGACAGCCUUAGAAACCGACCCGGAUUAGGGAGGUCAGCGUCCGACUAUUAUGUUCCAAACAACUACUUUGAAAAUUCAAGUAGUAGUCUGGCGACGACUAUGUCUCCUGGCACCGAAUCACCCAGUGAGAGACGUCACAUUAGCUUCAACGACGAAGUCUCACAGUGCAUCGCCCUUGAAGGGAAAGACGAUUACUACGAUAAGAUGGACGACAGUACCUGCGUCCUAGACGAUGAUGACAUGUCUAAAUGCAGCGUGCUUAUGAUGCGGCAGGUAACCCCACGUCCGCCGUUGAGCAGCCGAAGUACCCCGCGAAGCAGUUUCAGCAGCGAUAGCAAAACCAUCGCGCCCCUACCACCAACGACACUGAAAUAUCGCAGGGAUACACCAGAGCCUGACGAGGUUGACGUCGUCGACUCUCCAGAAGUGAAAUCAUCGUCAUACUAUUCAUGGUGGCCUCUACCUGUCCCGCGCCUGUCCCGUUCCGCCUCAACGGAGACGCUUCGGCCUUCGAAGAACCAGCGGCAGCGGCAGCAACAACAAAUGCCCAAAGCCCAUGAUAAUUUCCUCCUAGACGAUGAAGGUCCCGACGACGAUGACGCCAACACCGUCACCUCAGACAUGGAUAUGAAAUGGCAACUAUCUGGUCAGAAAGUGCCUGAGGACACAUCACAGACAUAUAACGGACCAUGGUUCACUGACUCUCACAAACGACAGUGGAAUAACGAUGAUAGUCCCCAUGCUCAUUAUUACAAUACUAAUAAUAAUACUAAUCGUACUAUCAAUAACCGGAACUCCUCUUACCUAUCCUCUCCGGAACAGUUCCUAUCCUUCGACUACGACGACUUGUAUAAUGCUGGAGAUACGAGUGGACAUAAUGAUGAUGAGGUGGAUGAUGAGGAAGCUAUGAACUUUGGGUUCCUUGGCAAGGUUGUUGAUACGGUGAAUACUGCGAGGGAUAUUGCACAUGUUAUUUGGAAUGUUGGAUGGCGGAGUUAGAAAGAUAAUAGAGAACAACAAACCACCUUGAAAGCCUCCCGGGUUGGUGGUGGAAGCACUGGAUAUCGCAAAUCCAGACUGCAAGGAUCCCUUUUUAUUGCCCGGCACAUCGAUGUUUUAUCUUUUUUUUUUCAAAAGAAACAUCCUUGGAAAAGCAGCUCCCGGGCUUGAGAAGUGGAUAGCAGUUUUUCCUCACGAGACUACCUUGGCUGAUUGACUAUAUAACUGCACGUCCCGCCAUUUCCAUACCCUAUUUACUUCACUCCAUACCGCCCAUUUUCCAUUUUCUUAUCCUACCUACCUCGUUUGUACAGCUAUAUUAUCCUCUUUCAAGCCGCUUUUUUACGCAACAUAGAAAUACGUACUUACCUACGUCCUCGCAUAUCCAUACAUCCCCACAUCAUCUCCUUGUCAUUAGGGAGUUAAAUGGACCAGUUAUUCCCGAUACACUCUCAUAUUGGCAACGCAUUUAGAAAGACGGUUUAGCGAAUGAAUAACCGUAUUGGUUUAUGGCAAUGUUGAAGGGACUGAAAUUGAAUGAUUCUGUCAUUGUUUCAUUUCCAUUUUCCUGCCUUCUUCCCAUUGUCACCUGUCACCUACCUACCCAUCGCUAAAUCCUCUAGUACAUACAAAGAUGAUUAAAUGUGAAAAAGAAAUUUUGAGCUCGUCUUUUUAUUGUUUGUUUCAUUUACUUGGAGUGAUCCGUGAUGAGUUGCCAGACAAGUUUUAUAGCCCAAUUCAUAAAUGGGCACAGGAUAUAAAUAAUAAUAAUAAAUCUCGGCCGCAACAAGAACACACCAUAAGUCUAUUUAGAUAAUCAUUUCUCUUAAUCUGCGCAGUCUUGAGAAAAAACAGUUUCAUCUAAUACUUUUUUUUCUUUUUUGCCUUCUUCUCUUUGAGUAGCAAUCUAGCAGGAGAGCUAGAUAUCUAGAUAUAUCAAUGAUCUGUUGAUAGAAUUGACUUUUAUUUUCAUAUCUCAAACUUCAAAAAAAAUCACUUCCUUUCAUUUACAGUGACACAGCCUCAAACCAUGAAAUCUUAUAUCAACUCUAUAUAUUAGUAAGAUAAAACUACUCCGUACAUAUCUUUUU